AUGACUGUUUCGCUUCCAGCACGCUCUUUGGCUAUCCCGCUCGAUGCUGCGCCGACCGAACAACUCGCCCACCUCUCUCGCUUGAAGCGCUCCGUCGUCGGGACUCAGGCGGCAAAGGCGGCCGCUCUGCAGGCUAGCGGCGUGGACAGCCUGGUCGCCCUCCUCCAGCCUCGCCCCGAAUCCGACGUCGAAGCCUCUCUCGCCGUCAGUUCUGAGGCAGCCAACGUCCUGGCGGCCCUGUCGAUUCCCACCAUCGACGCCGUCUCGACCCUCCUCGCGGCUCACGCCCAUCAAGCCGUCUGCAAAUCCCUUCCCUUCAUUGCCUCUCUCGACACGACAGACGAGGGCUUUCUUCCUUCUCGCUACAAAGUCGUCGAGUCGCAUCUGCGCGCGCUGAAGGCGCUCUAUACCGACCUGGUCAAGGUCGUCGGUCCACGACAAUGGGGCACGGAUGUUAUCGGCGCUUCGAUUGACGUUGCCGAAAGACAAGACGCCGAGUCAAUGUGGAAGCAGGAGGAUGUGCGGAAGAUGCGGGCGAGCAGGGGAAAGGGCAAGGGCAAAGGUCGGGAAGACGAGACGAUGAGCGAGGCGGACAGCGACGCGGGACUUGCGGGACUCUUGUCACAGGCUCGAGCCGCGCUUGACGUGGUUUAUCGCAUGGAGACGGAUACUGCUGCUCCAUCGGUCGCCUCGUCCAGCAUCGCUUCUCUCCCUUCGACCAGACACACUCGCUCGCCAGUCCUCGACACCCUCCUCGACCUCCUCAUCCGUUCAUCCGAGGAGGACACGCAUCCCGCCAUCCCUUCGGUACCUCAGCGAAUGCGCAUCGCCGAAUUCGUCUGCAACUUCUUCUCCGGCACCGUGCGGUGGCCGCACCAGCGACGGGCGGUGACGAGCGGCGAGAAGGGCAAGGAGGCGCUGGCUGCGUUACGGAGACUGGCGGAUAAGGGGACUGACAAGGUUCGCGAGGCUGCUCUGAACGCGAUCACGGCGCUCAUCCGCGACUCAGGCGACUCGAUGCUCACGCUCCUCAACUUGGGCCAAGGCGAGACCCUCCGCACCCGCCGCCUCCCCUUCACCUCGCUCUGCCAGUCUCCCGUCCCUCCCGUCCGCCUUGCUGCCGCCACUCUCUGCGCCGUCCUCGGCAAGCUCCUCUACCCUCCGCCGGCGUUGCACAUACCCGACGGCGAGCUCGGCACGCCCGCGACGAACGUCUUGCUUAGCUUGAUCGAGCAAGAACCGACGCUGCGAGCGCGCGCUGCAUUCGCCUUCGCCUACCUCGUUGCGGACGAGCUGCCGUUGCAGAAGCGAGCGCUCGCCGCACGAUGUUUUCAGAUCUUUAAGACCGUCCUCGACCAGCCUUUGCUACUGGAUCAGCCAUACCCGACGCCCGCCGCGCUCGAAGAAGACGGCCGGAUGCGCGAGGGCAUCCUCCUCUGCAUCGCUUCCAUGACCGCGAUCUCCGAAGAGCAGCGUCGCCUAAUGCUGCAAGCGCACCUCCUCGCACCGGUCCUCUCCUCCCUCUCUCACCCCUUCAGCACCGUUCGCGCCGCAGGAUGCCACUGUAUCCGCGCGCUCUCCCGGAGCGUGAACGUCUUGCGUACAGAUCUGGUUGAGAGUCAUGCGGAAGGACCGCUGGUGGCGUUGUUGAGGGAGGACGAGAAUGAGGUUGUCAAGGUUACGGCUAUGGCGGCCUUUGCGAAUUUGCUGCUCGACUUCUCGCCCAUGCGCAGUGUCCUGGUCGACGCCGGCUGCGUCCCGAGGAUGUGCCAGCUCGCCGUCAAGUCGUCAAACGAAGCGCUCCGCCUCAACGCGAUGUGGGCGAUCAAGAACGCGACGUAUCAAAGCAAUGCCGACUUCAAGCAGUGUGUCCUCGCCUGCUUGACGUGGGACGACCUCGCCUCCCUCCUCUCCCCCUCCUCUCCCCGACCAAUAGUCGAACAAGCCCUCGGCAUCCUGCGUAACAUCACCUGCGUCACAAACAACGAAGCGAUCACGGGACUCGGAAGGGACGAGAUGGGCGAGGAGAGGUUGUUGGGAUUGUUGGAGGCGUGGGUUGCGGGCGGUUCGACGAUGGCGAGAGGCGGAGGGGAGGAGGGAGGAGAGGUGGUCGUGCUGGCCAUCUACUGCCUCAACAACAUUGCAACGGCGCAUGAGGCGGCUCAGCUCGCCAUCGCCUCGCGGACAAGCCUCCUGCGACACGUCCUCGGCUACCUUGACUCUCGCUCGCUCGAGCUGCGCGUCGCCUCGCUCUGGCUGCUGCACAACCUCGUCUACCGCCGCUCGCUCUCGUCGUCGUCCUCGCUCGCCGCACGACGCCCGCACGAGAUCCUCGACAAGCUGCGCGCGAUGGGACUCGAGGCCAAGUUAAGGAUGCUCGAGCGGGAUCCGGAGCUGGAUGUCAGGGAGCGCGUGAGGGAUCUCAGGGAGAUGCUCGGGUGA